AGAGUGGUUUCACGAUAGACGUUUUAAUCGCUGAAAGUGUUCCCUUCUUGCCGUGUUAUUUUGUUAUCAUUGUUUUUGUGAAAAAAUUUGUGUAUUGCAAAGGUCUGCCAAAGAAAUAAAUUCCACACACCGUAUUCUCCAUUUCGGUAGACUGUGUCACCCGAGCAUAAAUGCAAAUUUGGACAAAAUUAUCUUAGGAUGAGUGAAACAGUGGUUAAUAUUGAGAAAUGUCGAUGCUGUAUGACGGAAACAGAUGUAACUGAGCUACGGUCAAUAUUUAAGUUUGGCAAAAUAUGCGGUCAAAUAAAGAAACUGGCCGAUAUGCUAAAAUUUACCACCAAUCUGGAUGUAAGUUUGAAUGGAAAUGAACGUUGAUGUUUGAUGGUGAAUGAAAUUUUUUUACGGGCAAUUCAAAGUGGUCGUUCAUUGAUGGAUUACAAAACAAAAUGGUGAAUUGUGAAUUUCAAUGAAACACCAAAAAAACAUUCCGAACCAAAACGUUCACAAUGUUUGUUAUGAAACAUUGGGGGAAAACUGGAGUCGUUGCAUUACUUGAAUCAUUUGAAUUUAUGUCCGAAGAGGAUGGCCUACCCGCCCAUAUUUGUAACAAAUGUGUGGUACACGUUAGCAAAGCGUACGCUUUUAAACAACAGUGCGUCAAAUCGGACGAAGAAUUGCGCAAGGAACAGCUUACCUUAAUCGAACAUCAAGUGGACGACGUAUUUUACGUGAAAAACGACGAACCAUCCGAAGAACCUGCCGACGACGACGGCUAUACGUAUCACUUGGUGGAAGAAUACGAAGAUGAGGAACGCAUCGACGAAGAAGCUGAAUAUGGCGAAGACAAAAAUGUGCAGAUCAUACUGAAGGUGGAGCGACGCGACGACAUUAUCGAUGGACAGAGUGGUGGUGCUGUGGAACAGUAUAACAUUGAGAUGAGCGAGGUGGAAGAACCGUCGGUUGUGUGCGCUAACGAUCAGGACAUGGUACAGGAUGAGGUGUUCGAAUGUGAAGUUGAAAAUGACGGGAGUAGUCAGACUGAAAAGGUUGAAAGCGACGAGGAUUUGGAUGUUAUACCAAAAAUGGUUUUCCGGAAAUACAACAAACGGAACAAAAAAGUGCUCGAUCCACCGUUUGUGUGCCAAGUGUGUUCGAAGGUGUUGAGCAACUACAGCUCAUUCAAAUAUCACAUGCAAUUGCAUUCGGAUAAGAAGCCCUUCCUGUGCGCAGACUGUGGCGAAUCGUUUAAGACUAGAAAUGCGUACGACGGCCACAUAAUAACACACAACGAAGACGCAAUGCACAAAUGCCAUAUAUGCGAUAAGGCCUAUCGCCAGGCAGCGAGUCUCCGGUGUCAUAUGUUGUCACAUACAGGCGAGAAACCGUUUGUGUGCAACAUUUGUGGCAAGGGCAUGACUCAGAAGAGUGGUUACAAGAAACAUAUGUUAAUCCAUAGUGGCGAGAAGCCUCACCGCUGUGACCACUGCGGCAAAGAUUUCCGGUACUCCAGCAAUCUGAUCAUACACAAACGGUCGCAUAUCGGCGAUAAAAAGCACAAAUGCGAUGUUUGCGAGAAGAAAUUUGUGGGCAUUGAGCAAUUGAAGCGCCAUGCUCUGAUACAUACUGGUAAGAAACCGUUUUGCUGUGAUAUCUGCAACAAGUGCUUCAACAGAAAGAGUUCUUUGCAAGCUCAUCAAAACACACAUUCGAGCGACAGAAAGAAACCGGUUCCAGUUGCGAAAAUCAGCAAAGAGGAUGAUGAGCACAUCUUUGGAACGUAAUAAAACAACGUUUAGGUUGGCCUGCUGCAUUUACAAGUCACGGGAAAGUUUGGUUUCAAUUUUUUCCACUCACGAUACUGGAACUUUACGGACGGGAGAUGAUUAACGGAGUUUCGUAGAUUAUUUUGUAUUAUACACAUUGCCGGAGGUUUCCAUUACAAGUUCUGUUACAAGA